AUGGCGAACCCCUGGUUCCCUGCCAACAGUGCUUCCGCCUUGUCUCCUCCGCUUCUCACCCCUGGUGAUCGUCGCUUCCUCGCGCCCCCCCCCGACCCUCCUGACCCUGACCCUGAUAACCCUCUCUCUCUUGCUCGUUUCCCCCCCCUUAACUCCCCCAGCUCUCUUACUUCUAAAUCCUCAAAAACUUCUCGUACUCUGUUGCAAUCUUGUUCAGUUACAGCAUCAAAGAGUUCGAGCGUACCACCAACUGAAUCCUUCAACGGAAAAACCUCAACUUCAGCAAUUUCAGAUCCUGUUCUUCCUAGAUCUGGGAACACUGUUCCAAACUUUGAUAAUUUCAAAAUUCUUCCCCCAAAAACUUCAUCUCCAAUCCAUACUAACAGAGCUUCAAACCCCCUCCCUAAGCUUCCCCCUCCUUCUGAAGCCCCACAAAAUGCCAAUCAUAACCCUAAAACUGUCCCUAACCCUAACCCUGUUCCUGUCUUUCAGGUUCCUCCCUUCACUCAUGUUCCCCUACAAACUAAGCCGACAAACACUGAAAGCUCGUCUCAGCCCAUUCCUCCAAUAGCAGAAAGGAUCCGAAAAUCUGUGGAUAAAACACUCCGUAGGCUUGCACCGGUAACUGUCUCGGACUCAGGCCGUCCUCGUGUCCUCAUACCGGAGAGUGUGUUUCAGAAGGGUGCGGAGCUGCAUAAAGACUUUAUCAUCUGCUACUUCAACGGUCGUCCUCCGCCAUUCAACCAUACUCAAAAUGUCCUAAACCACUUAUGGGGGAAGGGUACUCGUGUAGAGAUACAUACUAAUCCCCACACACGUUCUAUGCUAGUAAGAAUCCCGUCUGACUAUCUAAGACAAAAGAUCCUAGAAAAACGUGUAUGGUAUAUUGGAGACUCGAUGUUUCAGGCUGUUCAAUGGACAUCAUCGGCUUCCACUGCCUCUCCUCCACUGGAAUCCAUUCAGAUUUGGGCCCACCUCAAAGGCAUUCCUUUAGACCUUCGUCACGAGGAAGGUCUAAGCCUGAUUGCCGGUCUAGUGGGAGAUCCUAAAGAAACGGACGACUUCACACUUAACCUAGUCAGCUUGACUAUGUCCCAUGUCAAAGUGGCGGUUGAUUUGACUAAGCCUUUGCCAUCCGUGGUGGAAUAUACUAGGCAAUCAGGAGAAGUGGUGGAGGUGUUAGUCACAUACCCAUGGGUGCCACCUACAUGCUCCCAUUGCAAUGAACUUGGUCACAUCAUGAAGAAUUGUCUCCAACAGCCUCCUCCAAAGCAGAACCCUCCUCGCCGUCAGGGUAAAGAAGUUGAAACAAAUGAUACGGCCCCUAAGUCGCAGAGAACUUCAAAAUCUGAUAGGCUUAAUCCUGCCUCUGGACCAAAGAAGGUGGCUGAAAGUUCCUCCUCUGUUCCUCCUGAGAAGUCUUCUGCAGCUUCUUAUACUCCACAUAAGUCUCCUGCAGCCUCUCCUACUCCACAGAAACCCCCUUCUCCCCUCCAUGAGCCCCCUGUCUCUACCCCUACGUGUUUGCCUCCUGCUGUUACCCCCUUGCCCUUAAUUGUUCAACCACCAAAAAAGUCCCACCCUCCCCCACCAAAUGAUCCACCUUCAGCUACUGUCCAGCCUCUUUCCCUUUUUGUUUCCCCCACCUCUCCUCCUGAACAACCAAAGAAAAGACCUCGCCCUUGCAGCUCUCAGCCCUUCCCUUCCUUUACUGACCAAUUAAAUUUUUUCUCCCUCCCCAAAUCUCCUAUUAGGCCACCAACCCCCUUGCCUUCUAUCUCUUUUCAAACCUCUUUUGGCCCCAACCCUUUUGAUGUGUUGUCUACUCAUGGUCCUCUUCCUCCAGAAGAGGUCAUUGAUUAG